UGUCUGUAUGCCUGUUACAAACUAAUUAUGCAGUUUCAUGAAAACAUUAUUGAAUAUCAGACCGUAUCCCUUUAACUUAAUUAGAAAGAUAAUCUGGCAGUGCUUUCCGAUAGUGAACAAUCUUUCUACACGAUUAACACAGCAUCUCGCGAUGGCAAUGGCAAGACUGAUGUACUUUUAUAAGUCUCAUGCAUUUAGUAAAAUAUUGCUGUUUAUAUUCUGGAAUAAAGAUGUACAUUGUUGUGUAAAGACCUAUAUUUCUGAAAUGAAUACAUGUUGGUUCUUUUUCUGAAAAAAAAAAACAACUACAAUAAAAGAAUAAACAAAAAUCUACAAUAAAAGAAUAAACAAAUAAAAAAAAAUGGAGAAAUUGAAAUUAUACGGCUACUGUUUAUUAGAAUAUUUUUGUAUUUCGAACAAUGGUUUUUGUGGAAAAAAUGAAAUUAAAAAACAACUGAGGAUAUACAGUUAGAAAUAUUCUGGAAUAAAGAGAAUCUUCGUGUUUUUUUUUUCAGAUUUCUAUCAAACCAUUCAGUGAGAUAAAAAAGGAAGUAAAACUGAAAAGAAAUUGAAAUUAAACAUAUACUGUUUAUCUACAUGAUUUAUUAUUUCAACGGAGGAUAUUUGAUUGGAUCAAAUAAACGGAAGAAUAAGAAGAUUGUAAUAAUAAAUUUUAGUAAAAGUGACUAAGAAUUGUCGGUGUGGUAAAUUGACAUCGGUUUAAAGUUUCCAACCCGCGGACAAAGAGAUCAUGGAACACAAUUCUCUAAUUUUGUUUCAUAGUACCUUUAAAUACGUGUGUUUAAAGUAUUAUGUACUUCACAGACUUAUUCUUAUCCAUGUUAUUAUUAUUCUAUGUAUAUGCAAGUGUGAUUGUUCGAUUAAUAUUUCAGACUUUACCAAAAUCAAGCAGGAAUCAAAUUUAGUGACAUCAUAUCCGGUGAAAUUCAGUAGAAGUAUACUGGAGUGUUCGCAGUAUUGCGCGUCUACAGGGAGUUGCUGUGGUUUUAAUUAUCAAAGAAUGCAAAAGACAUGUGUUUGUUUAUAUGAAUUGGAUUUCACUAACCCCUAUUUCGAAAUGAAAACGAAUACAGCCGUAUACCUACAUAAAAGUUGUGAAUAUAUGUAUGAGAAUCCACCACAAGCCUCAUCCUCUCCCUCUAGCUCUACUCCACAUGCGCCCACACCAAACCCAGGACAGGACAGUUCAGAAAGUGAUGAAUAAUAUAUUGUACUUUUAUCAGAUUUCAAGUACUACAACAUCCACUUCUACGACAACAACUACACAUGUUGCUACAACAACAACUUCAGACGCUCCAACAACAACAACUACAAACGCUCCGACAACAACAACAACAACAACCACCACAGACGUUCCUACAACAACAACUACAACUACAAACGCUCCUAAGACAAUAACCACUACAGACGUUCCUACAACAACAACCACUACAAACGCUCCUACGACAACUACAAACGCUCCGACAACAACAACAACUACUACUACUACUACAAACGACGCUCCAACAACAACAACUACGAACGUGCCAACAACUACAAUCGCUGCUACGACAACAACCACUACAAAGGCUCCUACGACGACAACAACAACAACAACAACAAUCGCUACUACCUCAGCCAAGAGCUCAUCAUGUGUCGCAGACGCAUUGUUGUGUCUUACAGAUGUAAUAUAUUUAUUCAGUGAUGACAAUGUUUACACGUAUGAUGCUAUCAGUGACGUCACUUCCGGUCCAAAAACUACACAGAAAAUCUCUACAUUAUUCCAGUCAACCAGCAAUAAAGUCAUAGCCUCGUUUGCGGAUUCGGAUACUAUAUAUCUCUUCAAAGAUAAUAAUGAAGUACAUUCGUACUCUUCAACAAGUUUCAUCUUUAAAGAAACACAGACUUGGUCUGAACAUUUUGGAACUGACGUCAUCACUUCCAUUGAUGACGUCAUUUACACGUCAUCAAAUGAUAAAUAUGUGAUAAGUGGUGACGAUUUAUAUACGAUAUCUAAUAGUGGCAAAGUGAGUUCUUCAAGUCUGGAUAAUAAUGGCAAUAAAAAUAUUUACAAAAGCAACAAUUUUAAAGAUAGACCAUUGUUAGUAUCUGGAGCAUGUGAGGUGGAUACGGAUAAUCAUGCAUUUACAGACGACACAUCAUUGUUUAUAUUUAACUUUAACAACAAGCGUUGGACAAAUGAUGGCAAUGUAGUAUGCUGAAGGAAAUACAUGUGGUAAAAAAAAUAUGUGGAAAAUAUUUCAAUGGUAAGAAUCUUUGGCUAGCUGUUUGUAUAGUUUUAUUGUACAUUGUACAUUUUAUAUGAGCAUAUGACUGUCCAAGUUGUGAGCUAGAUAUUUGUGGUAUGAAUGGAGAAACUCUGUGAAAAGUUAUAUUUAGAUCUAGAUCUAUGUGCAAAUUGAAAAAAUAGAAGUUUUCGUAAGAUGCGUCUACGACAAAAUUUUAUAGGCAAAAAUCAUUACUUUUGGACAAUCUGAAUGCCACAUUGCCUGAAAUCAGUUAAAUCCCGGCAAGGAAGCUUUUCCUUCAAUAGCUAUAGUAGAAACCCUAGAUUCUUCUGGACGAAUUUCAAAAUAAAUUUGCAGAAACGUGCCUUAGAUGACCUGGUACAAAUUCCUUCACACCUCGCUUCGAAACGUCGCCAACAGAGGGCGGUGCAGACUGUCUGUUUAGUGAACACUUUAAUUAAAACCGCUAUGGUACUUACAGGAUUUCUUAUCUUUGGAUACAGCAGUACUCAAAGAAUAGAUGUUAAGAUUUGAAAACUGAUCUUUGCAUUAUGGUUUUUGUGAUAUUUGACCAGAAUUAUAUUUGAAAAAAAAAUUGUUUUAAUGAAUAUCGAUGUACAUGUAUAUAUAUAUGGUAUUGUCACAACUCAAAUGGUGGUUGCAUUUUUGUUUAACCAACACUUGAAGAUGUUUUUCCAUCUACACGAAUUUGUUAAAGGUAUAUCGCCAGAUUUCAAAAACAGUCAGACAACCUGUUUUGAAAUGCCGUAGAAUGGUUUAAACUUGUUUUGAAAUGCUGUAGAAUGGUAAAAACUGGUUUGAAAAUGCCGUAAAAUGGUUUUAACUUGUUUUGAAAUGCCGUAGAAAGGUUUAAUCUUGCAUAAAAUAUUAAUGAAAGCCGGCGUGAUGGCUUUAUUUAAAAUGUAUGAUAUAAUGACAGCGAAUAUAUAAAUAUUGUUACAUAGUUAUAUUUAAUCCAUAAAUUUAUAAUUCAACUAAAACGUCAAUAGUUACCAUAUUUUGGACAGGAUACUAGCUAGAAUGAUGUGAUAAUUUUGACAGUCAUGUUUAAUGAAUGGUAUGAAAUUAUAUGUGUAAGCAAAGACAGUUUCUGAGCUGAGAAAGCAAAAUAAGUUAUAUAGAUAAUGCUGUCAUUUUUAGUGCAUGAAUAUUUACACAAAAUAUAUGAAAAGGAAUACAUUUUAAUUAAGAAAUAAUUAAUAGCAAAAGAGUGCUUUAACACUAUUUAUGCACGAUGGGUGGUUAUACGGCGGGCAUAAUUAUUUCACGAGGACCUCGUGAAAUUAUUUGUACGACGUAUUAACAUAAAGUGUAUGAAUAGUGUUAAACAUGGUUGUGCUAUAAAUUAUUUCGAUUCUAAUACGCCCUUAAUCUAAAACAGUAGAUAAAAUAUGGAAGCGCUCUUUCUUGGUCGCAACAAAAACGUUGACGUCACCGCACGUUAACGUGACGCCAUUCUAGCGUAAGAGUGUUUUACCAGAGACAAGCGUAUUAGAGUGAGUGAGUGAGUUGGGUUUUAUGGCGAAUCGACACAAAACGGUAAUUUAUCUCAUAUGUAAGUGAAUGAAAUGUGAUUAAGUAGUAUAUAAUGAUAUGGUGUGGCAGUUUUCACAACAUAAUAAAAAUGCACGAAUUUAGUCAUUGAAAAAGCAGUAUAAAAUUAUAUAAAUAAAUGUGAUGUUAUUAAUGAAUAUUUUAAAAAAAUAAGUAAUAUACAAUCAUAUGGCGUGAUGUAUCAAUGAAUAUUUUUUUGAAAUUUAAGUUAUAUACAAUGAUGUGAUGUGAUGUUUCAAUGAAUAUUUAUGAAAAUAUUAAACAGUAUAUUAUGAUAUGGUGUCAUGUUUCAAUGAAUAAAUUAAAAAAAGGCAAUAAACAAGCAUAUGGCGUGAUGUAUCAGUCAAUAUUUUUUAAAAUUGACGUUAUAUUCAAUGAUAUUAUGUGAUGUAUCAAUAAAUAUUUUGAAUAUUUAAGCCAUAUACAUUGAUUUGAUGUGAUAUGUCAAUGAAUAUUUUGAAUAUUUAAGCAAUAUACAUUGAUAUGUUGUGAUGUUUCAAUGAAUAUUUAAGAAAAUUUAGGCAAUUUACUAUGAUAUGAUGUGAUGUAUCAAUGAAUACUUCAGAAAAAUUAAACAACACAAUGAUAUGGCGUGAUGUUUCAAUGAAUAUAUUUGAAAAUUUAAGCAAUAUAUACAAUGAUAUGGCGUGAUGUAUCAAUUAAUAUUUUUUUUUAAAUUGAAGUUAUAUACAAUGGUAUUUUGUGAUGUAUCAAUGAAUAUUUUGAAUAUUUAAGCAAUAUACAAUGAUAUGAAGUGAUGUUUGUAACGUAGUCGAUCCAUAACAACAACACAUGCUGAACUAUUUUUGAUGUUUAUUUACACAGUAGAAUAUUUAAUAACUUAAUUUUAAUAUCUACGAGACCCAUUUCCUAGGUAUUUGCCUCGGACAAUCGGUCCACACCAGGACUGCCCUUGACCCUUUUUCUUUCUAUAUACUAAUUAUCUAAAACAAUAUAUAGCCAUCUCCUAACAUCAGUUAUAUGCGUUUUCUGACAACUUGACGUAUACAUCGUGUGGGUUUGAUAUAAUAAACUAUUACAUAAAUGCAUCAGCAAUAUAUCAACUUGACAGAUAUGGACUGGUGAUAUGUCCAAGGCUAAUGUACUUUCUUACCUUACAUAAAACUUUUGAUUAUUUUACAUGUUUCAAUGAAUAUUUUAAAUAUUUUAGCAAUAUAUAUUGAUGUGAUGUGUCAAUGAAUAUUUAUGAAAAUGUAAGCAAUAUACAAUGAUAUGAUUUGAUAUGAUGUGAUGUAUCAAUGCAUAUUUUUGAAAGGUUAAACAAUAUACAAUGAUAUGAUGUGAUGUUCCAAUGAAUAUAUUUGAAAAUUUAAGCAAUAUACUAUCAUAUGGUGUGAUGUUUCAAUGAAUAUUUAUGAAAAUGUUAGUAAUGUAUAAAAUGAUAUGGCGUGAUGUAUCGAUUAAUAUUUUUAAAAGUUAAGCAAUAUACAAUGAUAUUUUGUGAUGUAUCAAUGAAUAUUUUGAAUAUUUAAGCAAUGUACAUUGAUAUCAUGUGAUGUGUUAAUGACUAUUUUGAAUAUUUAAGCAGCAUACCAUGAUAGGUAUCAAUGAAUAUAUUUGAAACUUUAAGCAACAUACAAUGAUGUGAUGUAUCAUAAACAAUUUUGAAUAUUUAAGCAAUGUACAUUGAUAUGAUGUGAUGUGUUAAUGACUAUUUUGAAUAUUUAAGCAACAUACCAUGAUAGGUAUCAAUGAAUAUAUUUGAAACUUUAAGCAACAUACAAUGAUGUGAUGUGAUGUAUCAUAAACAAUUUUGAAAAAUUAAGCAAUAUAACAUGAUAUGAUGUGAUGUUGUCAUGAAAAUAUUUAGAAAAUUAAGAAAUAUAAAAUAAUAUGAUGUGAUGUUUUAAUCAAUUUUUGAAAAAUUAAGUAAUAUACAGUGAUAUGGUGUGAUGUUUAAAUGAAUACUUUUGACAUUUAAGCAGUCGAUAAUGAUACGGUUUGAUGUUUCAGUGAAAAUAGUUGAAAUAUAUAAGCAAUAUAAAAUGAUAUGAUGUGAUGUUUCAAAACAAAUAAAUAAAAUUUAAGCAGCAUACAAUGAUAUGGAGUGAUGUUUCAAUGAAUAUUUUUGCAAAUUUAUGUAAUAUACAAUGAAAUGGACAUGGUUUGAUAUAUAAUAUACAAUGAAAUGGACAUGGUUUGAUAUAUCAACGAAUACUUUUGAAAAUUUAAGCAGUAUACAAUGCUAUGUUGUGAUGUUUCAACGAAUAUUUUUGAAAAUUUAAGCAAAACACUAGGAUAUGGUGUGAUGUUUCAAAGAAUAUUUUUGAAAAUUUAAACAAUACAAUGAUAUGAUGUGAUGUUUCAAUGAGUAUUUCUGAAAAUAUAAGCAAUAUACAAAUAUAUGAUGUAAUGUUUCAAUGAAUAGUUUUGAAAAAUUAUGUAAUAUACAAUGAUAUGGUGUGAUGUUUCUAUGAAUAUGUUUUGACAAAGCAUUGUCCAAUGAUAUGAUGCGGUAUGUCAAUGAGUAUGGUUAUACAGGUAAAACACAGUGAUAUGACGUGGUAAGUCGGUGAUUAAACAAAAGAGUAGGCAAUGAUACGAUAUGUUCCAACGAUAUAUAAAGAAAACAUUGAAUCAACGUUAACUUAUAAAGUGUUUACAUACAAUCUAUAUUAAAGAAAAAUUCUUGUAGAAUGUAGGCAGGGGCCUCCAUGGCCGAGUGGUUAAGGUCGCUGACUUCAAAUGGCUUGACCCUCACCGAUAUGUGAUCAAGCCUCACUCGUGCAUUGAAUUUUUCAUGUGAAGAAGCCAUCCAGCUGACUUACGGAAGAUCGGUUGUUCUAUCCAGGUACCCGCUUAAUGAAAUAAUGCACGGAGGGGCACCUGGGGUCUUCCUCCACCAUCAAAACCGGAAAGCCGCCAUAUGACCUAUAAUUGUGUCGGUGCGACGUUAAACCCAACAAAAACAAAGAAGGCUGCCGAAAUUGCCCCUCGAUUAGUGUCCUGUAUACCUUAUAGCAACGAAAUAGAAGAGGAACAUAUCACUGGACCAGAUCACUAUGGCCAGUAUGCAGACUUUCAGAAAAUAAGCGAUAGUUUGUAUAAGGUGAAACAUUGCCCUACUUUCGUCACUCAUUCCAUAUCCCUUGUUAGGCAUUAAUGUUUAGUACGUGUGUACACAAUUGUGUUGAGUCGAACAAGAUAUCUGCGGUAUUGAGAUUGAUUUUUGUUUAGACGGGACUGAUUGACAAUAUUGAUAUUGAUAUUAAAACCAAUAAAUAUUUCCAUGAAUUUGUUCAAAGUUAAUAAUCGUCAUGUUAUUUUGUAAUUCUUGCACAGUUAGAUUGAUUGAAAUUUGAUCAUUUAAUGUUCCAAUGGUGCAUAUAUCGUAUUGAGAGCGAUCAUCACGCGAUGCCGUAAUGCAAUUAUUUGAUUACGGUUUAUCAAUAUUUAAUAUGGAAAGCCACAGUUGUCUUAUGAGCAGAAAUGACAUUACAUUAUGUUGAUACAUAUUUAUUUUAAGUGGAUACAUUUCUAUAUAGAGCGGUUGCUACUUUAUGUUAAGUGGUCCUAUCUGUAUAUAAAGGUGACUGUUCUUUAUAUAAUAGUGUGGUUAUGUCCUUAUUUUUGAAUUGAAUAUGCCUUUAUAUAUGUCAUUAUAUAAAAUGAAUACUAUAUCAAGUCGUUAUAUCAUCAUAUGUAGAAAAUAAUUAUUAGGUUACUGUCUUUCUUAACUUAGGUUUAUCCGCCAAGUUGGAGAAAAAGUUUAUCCCCAGACUUGCUGAGUGGGAUAAACUUUUCGGAGACGAGGCGUUUAUUUUUAAGUUAAAAAAAGUAACCUAAUAUUCUAUUUAUCCUGCAGUCAAUAAAAUAUGUGUACAACAUACAUUAGUAUAAACAAUGUUUUCGAUACAAAAAUAAUUCAAUGACAUAUAUAUUUUUACUAAUUUGUAAAUUCUUACGCCCAUGUAUGAUUCAGUUACACACGAUUCCUUACAA